AUGCCUGGUGGAAAGAAGGAGGGCUCGGCAGGUGGCCGUGGCCAAAGUGGAAAUCGUGGAGGAUUUCGAACGGAUUCAGCCAUCUCGAACAGCCGGCAUGGUCAAGAGAGGGUAUUGCAACGAUGGGUGCCCGAUGCCAACGACGCUGUCGAUGGCAGUCUCGAGAGGCCAUCAGGCGGCGGCGGCGGCGGCGGCGGUGGUAGUAGCGGCGCCGCGUGGGAUCAAUUUGCCGAGAAUGAGAAACUUUUCGGGUUGAAGUCCGAUUACGACGAGAACUACUACACCACAUCGAUCAACAGAAGCGACCCCCGGUACAAUGAGCGGAUGUCAGCCGCCGAUAAGAAGGCUCGGGAAAUCGAACGCAGCGAAGCAACCACGGCGCAUGUCGCCGAAGAACGACAGAUGGACUUCACGGCCAGUGGAAAGGAUGAUGGAGGCGAGAACGAAGAGGACAAGUACAGUGGUGUUCGCCGGCAGCAAGACUUCCCUCCUCUUGGUGCAGGGCGUGAGAACAGAUAUGUUGCUCCUGCUAAGAGAGCGCCAACAUCGCAAUCGACCGUGAAAGGUGCUCCUGUGGACCCUGCGAUCAUCUCCUCUCAGAUCAAAGCUCCUGUCAAGAAGCAGUCAACUCCAACGCCCGAGGAGAGCAAGGCACGCGCGUCGCCAGCGCCCACGAAUGGCACUUCACCGGGACCCAACGCAACAUCCGCAAGCGCCGGUACCCCCGGCCCGGAGAGUGUUCCUGCUACUGUUGGGACUAGCAAAUCGACUGAUGGCACAAAGACGGAGAAACUCGCUGCGCCUGCGCCAGGACCCAAUUCGUCAGUCAACGGCCGCACCUUGUCUCCCCAUGCGCAAGAGGGUGUGGCCAGCGCGACAUCAACCGUGGAGCGUGAUGUUCUUCAUCAUUUCAAGAAUUUUGCCAACCAGCAACGCGAGACAGCCAAGCAAGUUCGGAGUAGCAAAGCCAAGGCGGACAAGGAAGUGAAGUUGACGGAGCUGAAGAAAUUCGCCAGCACCUUCAAGCUAUCAACCCCUGUUCCAACCGACCUGGUCUCCAUUAUUGCCAAGGACCCUACCAAACAGAUCGAAAUCCAAGCCAAGGCCAUUAAGAAUGCAGAGGAGGUCGCGCGGACUAAGAGCAAAGACGUCACGUCCAAGCCGAAAGCCGUAGCUGGCAAAGAAGGCCAUGUGAAAGCUGGCGAGCAGGAACCCCCACGAACCGGCGCAGAUGCUCGCCCUCCCAAGGGUCCAAAUGCAAACCAGAUGGGCUCUCAGGGCAAUGGUGCCAACCGUCAUGCUGGUCCUCGCCAGUCAUUCCAGCAGCAACAGUACUCUCAGUAUCGUAACAAUCGUCCACAGCAGAUGGGCGCCCAGCAGCCUCAACCAGGCAGCCUGGCUCAGAGACUUCGCAACGCCGACUCACAGAAUCCGGGCAAGUUUGGCAUGCCUCCUGCAACAGUGCCCCUUCAGGAUGGCAGGAUCCCGCCCACUGGGCCCGCUGUUGGCAGCGACCCCAAUGUCAACCGUCGGUUGAGCGGCGUGCCAUCACACAUGGGAGCCAAGCUCAAUCCCAACAGCAGCGAAUUCCGCCCCAAUGCCUUUGCCCCUACGUUCAAUCCAGGUCAGAGCACCGCAUCCAGUCCACGACCUGCUACGAACCCAGCAUCGGAUAGCACAAGCGGGUCCGCGCAACCCAUGGGCACACCUGGUUCCAUGGGUACGCCCUUGGCCAUGGGGCCGCCUCCCAUCCGCCGAAAGACGAAGAACGUCAGCUGCCAGAAGUGUAACAUCUUGUCGACCAUCAAGGCUAUUGAACCUCCACCAGGCCGGAAGUGGGAUGACAAUGGCGGUCUGCGUCCUUCCUACGACACGCCACCGACGUGGAGGCAAUUCCAGGACGACGAAAGCCCCGAGUCGACCAUGCACUUGACAGUCAAAGAAUUGUUCGAACGCCAGCCGUUUGGAGGAUCAAGCAUGGCCACACCCAGUUCCUCACACGUUGCUCCCCACCUACCACACCAGCAUCAACUCCCGUUCCAUCUGCAACAGGGCAGUCACAACAUGGGGCCGCGCCAGUCACCUCACCUCCCUCACAUGCAAAUGCAUGGGCCCCAACACGGCCCGGGGCCUUAUCAGCAGUUUGGGCAUGAUGAUCAUAGAAUGGUUCACUCAAACUCGGCUCAGUCUUUUGCGUCACCUCGCAUGCCUCCGGCAUCGAUGGCCUAUCCGGCCAUGAACUCUCCAGCGCAGCUUCCGUCCAGCCAGUCGGCCUACAUGGGGCCCGGAACUCCCCAGAUGAAUCAGUACCGGAACUUCUCCAAUCAGUACAUGCCCCAGCAUGGUCAAAUGGGAGGCCCGAUGAUGAUGCAACCACAAUUCAUGCCCGGCCCUCAGGGCAUGGUCGGCAACCCACAGAUGAUGUAUCCCGGAGGCAACCCCCAAUUCAUGCCUCACGGUGGACCUCCGCAACAAGGACCAGGCGCGAACGGCUACCCUAGCCCAGGGCGUCCCGUCGCCCCGAUGAUGGCCCACCAAGGUUCGCAGCAAGGGCAGCCGAUGUACGGAAUGAGCCCAAGCGUGCAGUACAGCCAGCCCUCGUUUGGUCCAGGGCACCAUCAGCAGCAGCAGCCACAACAGCCUGCUGGUCCAAGUCAGUAA